GUGUUGUGUCGGUCUGCUUUGAAGGCGACAGCGACGGAUACAUCAAUCUUGUCGCCUACCCCUACGUGGAGAGUGAUAAUGUGGACAACGAGGAACCUCCUCCAGAAUGGGACCCCCCAAGGCGCAAGCACUCUCGCCGUGGCCUGCACCGCACUAACAGCACCGCUUCCAGCACUGACCACAAGGAGGAGCGCCCGACUCUGAGCACAGAGCAUUCAGAAAGUGUCUCCGAGAUGAAGAGCCCCAAGCUGGAGCUGAUGAACCAAUCGGACGUCCCCUUCCAGAUGCUGGACGGCAAUAGCGGGGUGAGCUCGGAGCGGAUCAGCUACAACCCCUGGAGCCUGCGCUGUCACAAGCAGCAACUCAACCGCAUGCGCUCGGAAUCCAAGGAUCGCAAGCUGUACAAAUUCCUGUUGCUCGAGAACGUCGUGCACCACUUUAAGUUCCCGUGUGUACUGGACUUGAAGAUGGGAACGCGGCAGCACGGCGACGACGCCUCGGAGGAGAAAGCGGCCAGGCAGAUGAAGAAGUGCGAACAGAGCACGUCUGCCACGCUGGGCGUGAGAGUGUGCGGCAUGCAGGUCUUCCAGAUGAACACCGGACACUACCUGUGCCUGAACAAGUACUACGGCCGGGGACUCAGUGUUGAGGGCUUCAGACAAUCGCUCUACCAAUAUCUGCACAACGGCAUUGGGCUGCGCGUGGAUCUGUUCGAACCCGUCCUGAGCAAACUGCAGCGACUGAUCGCCGUCCUGGAGAUGCAGGCAUCCUACCGAUUCUAUUCCAGCUCCCUCCUCAUCAUCUACGACGGCAUAGAUCGCCCCCGAGGCGCCGAUCCGCUCUCCCAGGAGCCGCCACCCAACGUAGAUGUCAGAAUGAUAGACUUCGCCCACGGCACUUUCAAGGGCUUCCGCGACGACCCCAAAGUGCACGACGGGCCGGACAAAGGUUACGUCCUGGGCCUGCGAAGCCUGAUCAGUAUUUUGGAGCUCAUCCGAGCCGAAAACCAGUAGCGGGGGAGGAAGUCUCAGCACUCCAUCACAGCCACCCCCUCCCAGAAGAGGUUCCACCGGGCCUGUACACCCCUCCUGUAUGUUCCAAACCACGCGGGUGACGUGCCGCACUAACGACGUUUCUUGGCAUCUCUUUUUUUUUUUUUCUUCUUUUUUUUGUUUUUGGCCAAACAAAACUUGGGAACCCUUUGUGACCGUGGAAGACUAUGCCGGAGCUCACCGCGAAUGUUUGUGUUUUUUUAUCGACGCACAAAUCUAGAAAAAUAAAAUUCCUUUUUUUUCCCCCUUUUUUUUUUUUUUGCCUUUUUGUUUCCAGAACUGAACCGGUUGAGCAGCCGGUGGUCCUUGACAGGAAGUGACAUCAUCACUUCUGACAUGUUGUAGCUCUAGCGAUGCACAGAGAGUGGGGGGUGGGGUGCUGCGUAUUAAUUCCCCCCCCCCUCCUUCAUUAUCUGAGAGACAUCAAUAUUUGUGGCCUCAUUCCACAAUGACAGAAAUGUAUAUAUUUAUAUUCCUAUAUAAAUAUAAAGACACUCCUAUAAAUAUCAGAUGAAAUCUAUAUAUUGGAGCUAUAUUCCUGCUUGUCUGCGUGCAAUUCCCCCCCCCCCCCCC